AUGUUCCGUCAGAGUAUCCGACGCUUUGGCACGACUGCCCUUCGAGCGGCCGCUGCGGAGGGUUCACCCUAUACGUUGCGGGUGUCUACGGCUCAGGGCUCAGUUAACGGGUUGACGGAAGCGAUUGGCAACACGCCCCUUAUUCGCCUGAAACGUCUCUCUGAAGAAACAGGCUGCAAUGUGCUAGGAAAAGCCGAGUUCCAGAACCCCGGCGGCAGCGUCAAGGAUCGUGCUGCUCUGUUCGUGGUCGAAGACGCCGAAAAGAAGGGACUUUUGCGUCCUGGUGGCACUGUCGUCGAAGGCACAGCCGGAAACACUGGAAUUGGCUUGGCGCACGUGUGUCGCUCCAAGGGCUACAAGCUGGUGAUCUACAUGCCCAACACUCAAUCACAGGGCAAGAUCGAUCUUCUUCGUCUGCUCGGUGCAGAGGUCUAUCCUGUUCCAGCUGUGGCUUUCGACAACCCCCAAAAUUACAAUCAUCAGGCUCGUCGGCACGCCGAGUCCCUGGAUAAUGCUGUGUGGACCAACCAGUUCGACAACGUUGCCAAUCGCCAAGCGCACGUUGAGACAACCGGUCCCGAAAUCUGGGCUCAGACGGGCGGCAAAAUCGAUGCCUUCACUUGUGCUACUGGCACUGGUGGCACCUUGGCCGGAACUACUCGUUACCUAAAGCAAGCCAGCGAUGGCAGAGUCAAGAGCUUCUUGGCCGAUCCCCCUGGCAGUGUCCUGCAUAGCUUCAUCCAAAGUGGUGGCAAGUUGGCCGAGCGCUCCGGGGGUAGUAUUACGGAAGGUAUCGGCCAGGGACGUGUCACCGACAACUUGCAGCCCGAUAUCGAUCUUUUGGAUGGAUCUUUGAACAUCUCGGACGAGAAGACAAUUGAGAUGGUUUAUCGCUGUCUUGAUGAGGAGGGUCUCUAUCUUGGAGCCAGUUCUGCAUUGAAUGUUGUAGCUGCCAAGGAAGUUGCUGAGAAGAUGGGCAAGGGCAGUACCGUGGUGACAAUUCUCUGUGACGGUGCUUAUCGCUAUGCUGAUCGGUUGUUCUCGAAGACUUGGUUGGAGUCGAAGAACCUGCGAUCGGCGAUUCCCAAGCAUCUGGAGAAGUAUAUUGUUCUUCCUUGA